ACAAUCCGUUUUUGUUUCAUUUUCGUGCGGAAUAGUUUUAUCUUUUUACCCUCCAGUGAGUGCCUGUUUUUUUGUUCUGGCUUUUUGUGAACCCGGUUGUCUGUAGGCAGCACCAACAAAGACCGACCGGCGAAACCAGCAGUGAAAGCCGCGAAAGAGACGCACAACAUGGCAGCUUCUCCGGUUGUGACCCCCAUCUCCACCCGUGAUAAGUCGAGCCGUUUCUAUGUGGUGUCGUGGAUCAACAGGCUGCUCAAAACAGACUUCAAAAAUGUGCAAGAGAUGGGAACAGGUGCAUGCCAGUGUCAGAUGAUGGACUGCACUUUUCCUGGCUCCAUUGACAUGGCUAAGGUGAAGUUUGAUGCACAGACUAAAGAAGACUUUAGGCACAAUUUCAGUCUUCUUCAGGACGCCUUCAACCAGAAGGGUGUAAAAAAGGUCAUCCCAGUUGAUGGGCUCAUAGAGGGCGAUUUCAAAACCUGCUAUGAGUUCAUGAAGUGGUUAAAACUUUUUUACACGGAAAAUACAAAAAAUAAAGAAUCUACUCCUGUGAAAGCAACGAUUUGUAACAGCGAGGAGAUAACUCCAGUUUCACCAUCUUCCGGGAACUCAGACAUUGAAACAAACGGCACUGCAAGGACAAUGAAAGUUUUUCCGUACUCUGAAAAGUGGAAGGAGGAAUACGUUUGGGCCGAAGCCAGCUCCCUGGGAGAGCAGCACACCUACUGCUCCAUCUGCCACACCAACCUGGCUUCGUACAGGAGGGGCGCUGUGGAGCUGCAGCGCCACAUGGAAACAAAUAAACACCAAAAAAAGGCGGAGGAUUUACAAAUCUGUGAAGAUAACACCGAGGUUGCGGAGCGAUUCCCCUGCAGCGACGCGGCUGUCCGCUUCCUUUUCAACCGCUGCUACACCGGAUCUGCUAAAGGCGAGCAGGUCUCCAGACAUUUUGCACGCUGCAAACUGGGGCUGAAGUACCCCAAAGACCUCGUUGCUGUUAGCAGCCACACUCCUUACUGUGUUUAUGUUUACGAAGCCCUGGCAGCUGGAAACGACGACACUGUCACCGUCGUUUUGGUGGGCUUUUUCGACGCUGAGUCCUCUGGUCACUGCAUCCGACUUCUGGACGCCAUUGAGUCGGCGGACGGAGCCGGAGACCAAAGAGCAGCGGCGGUGGUGCAGGCCUUGAAAAGACUCGAGCUUUCCACCGAUAACCUCGCUGUUUGUUAUCCCGGUGACGGCGAAGCUUCAGAGCAAAUCUGCUCACAUCUCAGGGAGCUGAACCCGAACAUAAUAGUCUUAGGAGGCCUGUAUGCUAUUGCUGAUGCUGCGUAUCAUGCUGGGGUUCAGGAGCUCCCCAGUCAAAUCCAGGAACUGCUGGUUGACUUAUAUGCACACUACUCCUCUUGCUCUACGAAGAACGUCAAGCUCAAGGCUCUCUUUGGCUCAGAUAUUACUAAAAACAGCAAGCCAUUUUACCUCAGCGUCAGUUGCCUUAGAUUCCACCAGCUGGUCACCAAAUUGACAGAAAUAUGGAGCGAUUUGAUUCUUUACUUCAGUUCCUGCCCUGAGGAUGAUGAAAAAGCCAAGUCAUUGUGUUCCCAGCUCAAGGAUCCCAAAGUCAAGGCAAUGCUUAUGUCACUGGACCACGCAUUAAAACCACUGGAAAAAUUUCAAAAGCAAAUUCAGGAGUCAUCCUGGGCUAAGAUGCCACUCAUCCUGGAAGAAGCCAGCAUGUUGCUUAGCACGUACACGUCUUGCUUUCUUCAGCCCAACGCCGCCGCUCGCUACCUCAAUGAACAUGAUGCUCAAAUCCUGAAAAACAAAAAGCACCACCUCUCAGGAUCGGCCCUCAAACUGGGUGGGAAAGACAUGGAAGAUUUCCUAAAAACAGAGGAGGCUGCAGAGGUUUUGCCACAGUUACAAGAAGAGCUGCUGCUGUUUUAUGUUGCAGCAACAUGUUGCAUCGCAGAGAAGUUGCCUUUAAGCGAUGCGGUGCUCAGAAACAUUGCUCAGCUGCUAAACCCGGAGAGCAGCCUUAAGGCUACCGAUGCAGCUGUGGAAGAGCUGGGGAGGAAGCUGGGAGUCUGCAGCUCCCCUGAGGAGGUCAGGCAGCUCAAACAGGAGUUUAGUGAGUAUCAGCAGACAGAGGAGGAGAGGAGUAACCAGGGAGUGAAUGGAGACACACUGGAGAAUCACUGGGCGAGGGUACUUGAAGGCACAGAGCCCACCUCACUGUUCAGGAAGCUGGUUCUGACCCUGCUGUCAUUCCCAUGUCCUCCACUGGAUGCUCAACAUGUUUUAUCCCAGGCUUUAGACAUCAAAGAUGUUGCACCGUUUUCUGAGAGUGAUGCCGUCACAGAAAGCGAGUCUGAGGUCAGACCUGACCGUGUUCUCACUAACGGCAGCAAAAAAGACCUCCAGCUUUACUCCGCCGCUUUGAAUGGCUUCAAUUUGAAGCCUUGUGAAGUCCGCCUUAUCAAAAUAAACGAUUGUGAUGGUUUUAUCAACGGCUCUCUGUCACAUGAGGGAGUUUGGAGGGGAGGUCAUGGCUGGGAGAGCAGCUUACGCCAGAAACCACAGGCCCGAAAAGUCUUUCAGGCUGGUGUUGGUACCUGGUCCAAACCCAUUGGCCUAAUUAAAGGUCGCAAAAGUGGUGCGGACUCCAUAGAUGAAGAUCUUGAAGGAAUCUCACCGACCAGUAAAAACACUCCAUGCAAAGGUCAAUACCAGGAUGGGAAAGGAUUCUCUGUUGGGGAGCUGGUGUGGGGUAAACUAACUGGGAUGUCCAUGUGGCCUGGACUGGUGAUGUCGUGGAAAUCCAAGCACGUUCCUCCAGGCAUGCGAAGGGUGGAGUGGUUUGGCGAUGGGAUGUUUUCAGAGGUCAGCACAGAAAGGCUGAAGCCAUUUAGUUCCUUCACUUUGUGCUUCUGCAAAAACUCCUUCGCCAGUCUGCCGGUCUAUAAGGACGCCAUCUACCAAAUCUGUGAGUUGGCAGCUGAACGAUGUGGGAAGUCUUUUUCUAAGGCAGAAGGUGAUAAAGAGCGAGAGCUGAAGAUGAUGGUGGAUUGGGCUUCUGAAGGAUUUCUGCCUACAGGACCCAGGGGAUUUGCACCUCCUGAAUCCUCUCCAAAUCGAGAUCCUAGCGACUCUCCUUCCUCUGACUAUCAACCUCCACCAAAACGAAAAUAUGUCUAUAAAAACAGGGCAGCAGCUCCCAAUGCCCCCUACAAUAGAGAAUCACUGAAAGAAAAAGUAAAAGAAAAAGGCAAAUCAAUUGAAGAUUUCUGCUUGUCUUGUGCAUCAUCUGAAAUCGAUGUCCAGCAUCCCCUGUUUGAAGGUGGUCUUUGUCUAAGAUGCAAGGAGAACUUCACAGAGACGCUGUAUCGUUACGAUGAAGAUGGCUACCAGUCGUAUUGCACGGUUUGCUGCGCGGGCUUAGAGGUCAUUUUGUGUGGGAACGCCAGCUGCUGCAGAUGUUUCUGCAAGGACUGCCUGGACAUCCUGGUAGCCGAAGGAACCUUCGACAAACUGAAAGACAUCGACCCCUGGAGCUGCUUCAUGUGCGAACCAUCACAGUGCGACGGAAACCUCAAACUGAGACCAGACUGGAGCGUCAAAGUUCAGGAUUUAUUCACUAAUAACAGCGCCAUGGAGUUUGAGCCUCACAGGAUUUAUCCAUCUAUCCCUGCUGAUCAACGAAAGCCACUCAAAGUGCUUUCGCUUUUUGAUGGGAUUGCAACAGGAUAUCUGGUGCUCAAAGACUUGGGCUUCAAGAUUGAAAGAUACAUCGCUUCUGAGAUCUGUGAUGACUCGAUUGUUGUGGGAAUGAUUAAGCACGAGGGGAAGAUUGAAUAUGUUAACGACGUCCGCACCAUUACAAGAAAACAUCUGGCUGAAUGGGGACCUUUUGACCUCCUGAUCGGAGGGAGUCCAUGCAACGACCUGUCCAUGGUCAACCCACUGAGAAAAGGACUCUUUGAGGGCACCGGGAGACUCUUUUUCGAGUUCUACCGCAUUCUGACCCUGUUGAAGCCAAAGGAGGAAGACAGCCGUCCAUUCUUCUGGCUCUUUGAGAACGUGGUUUUGAUGAGCGCUCACGACAAAACUGACAUCUGCAGGUUCCUGGAGUGCAACCCAGUGCUUGUUGAUGCAGUGAAAGUCAGCCCAGCUCACAGAGCGCGAUACUUCUGGGGAAACAUACCUGGAAUGAGCAGACCUAUGGCUACCUCUCUUGACGAUAAAGUCACUCUGCAGGAUUGUUUGGAAGUUGGUCGGACGGCAAAGUUUGAUAAAGUUCGCACAAUCACGACAAAGUCUAACUCCAUAAGGCAAGGGAAGAUGGGCCCACUUCCUGUCUCCAUGAACGGAAAGGAGGACUACUUGUGGUGCACUGAAAUGGAACAGAUCUUUGGCUUCCCCAAACACUACACUGAUGUGAACAACAUGAGCCGGAUGCAAAGACAGAAGGUUCUGGGUCGCUCCUGGAGCGUUCCUGUGAUUCGCCACUUAUUCGCGCCGCUGAAGGAUUAUUUUGAAUGUGAAUAGGAGCAGUGAUGCGAUCCUGAGGCGGAGCAGCAGCGGUAAACCCAACGCCUUAUCUUGGUGCUUUAAUAGUUUAGAUUGUGUGGGCUUCUUUCUCCUUUAGAUCCAGUUUGGCGUUUUGUCUCUUAACUUUCUCUAACUCUUUAACUGCCAGUAGCUGGGGCCGUCUUUCUACAUAUUUUAUUUUUCUACUUAUUUGUGUUUUUGUUUUUUUAUGCUGUGAUCCGAUGAUGUUACUCAGAACACAGGCCUGUGUCACAAAGUGAGAUGAGACAAUUAGCUCCACAUCUUCAGGUUUAACUCAGGUUUUUUAUCACUACUGACAUGUUUACUGUUUUGCAUCGCCAUGAGAACAGCACAGACUAACUAGAAAACCAGCAAUCUGCUCCAUCAUUGAUUUAGAAGCAAAAGAAGUUUAUUUAGAAACGCUAUUAACUGGACACUGUUUUUAACUUUUUAUAAACACAACAGAAUACAAAUCAGCAACAUAAAGUAUUUUUUAAUCUGCAGUUAUGUUAAAGAAAUUGCUGAGCUUAGAUUAAUUAUGUGACCAAAAAGCUCAUUUUUAACUCCUGCUUGAUGUUUUAUCCAUUUUGAUCUGGAAUCAGACAUUUCAUCCUUAUUAGCUUUUCUUUUUUAUAUCCAGGUGUUUAAAAAUAUGAUUUUUCCAGGUCUUAUCUAUGACUUUUGAAUUUUAAGUUUAGCUCACUUCUGUGAUUAGUUAUCACAUAUAUUUUUACCCCAGAGUCUGAAACCCCUCUGAGGUCCAGAUGACCUACAUUUGCUACUGUAACAAGGCAAAAACACAACAAAUUUGGAAAAUUAUCACCUGGUUUUCUGGUUUGGUUUUAAUCCGGUGUGAAGGACGACUUAAAGAACUGCUGAACUCACUUUGUGGCGCAGGCCUUGCUCUCUACCUCAAGCCUGAGUUUAAAUCAGCGGUUUCAGUUUGUUUAGUUUUUAUAUAUAAAUAUAUAUGUAAUGAAAAUGAAAUUUGUUGACUUUCUGGCUUUUCUGUGUAACGCAUUUUGCUAAUCCCAACGUGGAGCCACAUUUUCUCUUAAAACAAUCUCAUAUUUGUUGCCUUUUUACUCAUAUUUUUGUGUUUUUCAAGGACUUUUUGUUGUGUAUGCAAAAAUGAACUGUGACUGUUAACAAUAUCUUAGGUAUAGAGUUUUGCUGCAGUAAAUAUCUACAGUAGGAACUGAGCUUAAAGUACUGUAUCAACGGUUUUCUCACCUAACCAGUUGAGCAACAUAAUUGUGUUGAAAUAAAUACAAAAUGCAGAAUAAAAGCUAAAUAUGAGCAUAGUUUUGAAAUAAAACACAUAGCUUUGAGGUAUAAUAUGUAGCUUAUUCAAUAAAAAGCAGAAAUUAGAUUGUAAAGGGUCAAAAUUCCAGUUAACUGAUGGAAAAAAGCAAAAAAGGACACAAUUUUAUCUAAUUCUUUAAAGAUUAAUCAACAGAAAUGUGGAAAAUUAUUGAGCUUUCAGCACUCCCCAGCGCUACAUGUUACAAUUUAAAUAUAUCUCAAUUAAUUUUCAGCCUGGUUAAUUUUUAUAUCAUGUAAAUUCUGUAAGAUUUAGUUCAAUAAAAAACAUGUUAUCACUUUUACUCUAUUAAUAUUCUUUAAAGUUAACUAAUAAAAAACAGUUUCUCUUCUGAUUGAUAAAAAGAGACAGAAAAUAAUAACAUAAAAUAUGCAGUGAAAAUAAUAAAAGCCUUAAAUUUGAUACUUGAAAUGCUUGAUUGGUGUGUUUUGGAAAGAAAUCUGCUAAAAAUCGAUCCUUGAUUUAAAACUUGAAUUUUUUCAGCAGUUAAUGACAAUGACACAUUUUAAGAUUUUACGGUAAUUGUUUCAAUUUCUGAAUAUGACGCGAUUCUACACUCGAGUUAUCUAGAUUUUUAAAAAGUUUUUAAAAGAUUUUGGAUAUUUUAGUGGAAAACUGUAUGUUUCAUAAGCAAUGAAGGAAUAAAAUUUUCUGUUUUGUCAGUUUGCUAAAAGCUUUUUUAGCAUCUCGACAAUCUGCAAAAUCUCGACAUGUCAAAAAACAUUUCAAAUAUGAUAAAAUACAUACAGAUUGAUGUUUUUGUUUUCUGAAACUCAAAAUAAAACCAGGACUAUCAAUAGUAAGUGUUAAGUUCCAACCAGAUCCAGUUGAAGAAUUAUAUGUAAACUUUGGCAGUUUUUUAAUCUUCAUAUUUGGUCUGCGGCGAUUCGAAAAUUUGAACUGAUAUCAAUAUUCAUCCAACACACAAAAACACCAAUAAGAUGGAAAUUAAUAUUGGUUAUUAAUAGUAGCGCAUUUUUAGUUAUCAGACCAAUACCAUUGCGCUGAUAUAUUUUGCAACUCUACUUUAAUUAAAUGAACUUUUACCCAUUAUUACCUAAAAGCAAAUUUAUUUUUGUUAAACUAUUUUUAUAGGAACAUUUUUAUUUGUAGAAUAUAUCAGCACCAGCAGAUGUUAGUAUUUUGUCAAAAUAUAUGUAAAGUAAAACUGGGCUGAUGGUAACGACCGAUGUUUAUUUACAUCUUGCUGCUUUCCAUCCAUGUUUUUGUUUGGUCAUAUUACAAUGAUAGUGAUGCAGCAAAGCAUUAUGGGAUGAUACACUGCAAAAACACAAAAUCCUACCUAGUAUUUUUCUCCUACACCUUACUAAAAAGUUACCUCUAAGUUAGUUUUCUUUUAUUUGAAGUAUAGUACGAUAUUAGAACUAGAAACUAGACCAAAAUCACUCUGUAAGAUUUUGUGUUUUUGCUUUGUGGUUUUUGUGGUUACUUUUACCCGGUAACCACAAAAACCAAAAGUGUAGGGAAACAUAAUUCGUAAUAUCUGAAAAAAGAGCAGAUUUAAACUCUGAUUUUCAUAUUGAUUAUCCUAGAUGACAGAAAAAGGAAUAAAGUCUCAAAUUUCAAACAUUUUUCAUAUCCAGAUCUCAAAAAUAAUCAAAUUAUCAUCAAUACUUUUUUGUUGGUUAGCUAAAUGAUGUUGCGGCCAAAAACCUGACAUGUAAAGCUUCAUUUUAUGCUCCAGGAAAAUCAUGUAAGUCAUUCAUUGUCAUCAGGAUUUAUAUUGAGUUUAAACAUAAGUUCAGAGUUUAAGAUAAACUCUGGACUCCUAAACUUAGAAAAAAAAACUUGUGGGCUUACAUCUGAUUUUUUUGUUGUUGGUUUUGGUCACACUACAUGUUACAUGUUAUCUGUAAUGGUGAAUAACCAGGUGCAUGAGAGGAUGCACUGAAAUGACUUGCUUACCUCGCUCUUCAUAUGAUGGUGCUGCACUCAUGGUGCUGAUGUUUGUGUAUUUUUAUUUUUGUCCAUUAGGAGACUCAGUUUUAACAUCACCUCAAUCAAACUGGGUUUCUCAGUAGCAUGUCGACUGUUUAGUUGUUUGUGUUAAAGUAACAUAGGAAAAAAAAAACGCCAGUUGAUUCUCAUGUGAAACAAUAAAUAAAUCUGUGGGAUA